GACUCGGCGUCACUUAUGUGUACGACGGUUCGGAUGUGCUUGCAGGGUUACCACAUAUCUGUUAGCACCUUUCGUGCCGCUAGCACAUGUCCUGUACGAAUAAUGGAGAGUCUCACAUUGCUCACCAUGUCAAUAUUUAUGAGACUAGGUCUGAGCUGGCGACACCGAAUUGCAAGUCGAUCUCAGGGCCACGGCUGCUGGCUGGCAGAAGACUGACUUUAUAACCAACACUGAGCGAAGCGGCUUUAAGGUGAUGGCUGAAGGGUCAAAAAAGCUCGAAGGUCUCUAAGUCCGUGAGAAGCCGAGAUUAAUAUACUGUGCAUCGCACAGCUAGCGAUUGCGAGUAUGGAACGCUUGCAACACUCGAUCGGAAGACUGACGCCAGCAACCAGUCUGAAGUGGCGCAUGCUAUGCUCCUUCUGUCUGACAGGUCCACAAGUACCCGCCAGAUGCAAGCACAAACUGGCUCGGGAUGAAAUCAGGAGGCUAAUCAGCAACUGCGCAGCAACGACAGGCAAAUGGUGCACUUUGACAGUAUAUGCUAUGUAUGGUAGGGGCAACUUACAUCAUGCUUAGCCUUCGGCUAGACG